AGCGCUUCUGCCUCAACCCGCGGUCCGUGUUUGUGCGGGUCCGUCGUGUUCCGUGGAAACUCCGUGCGGGAACCGCCAUGCGCACCACUGACGUCCGACGUGGCGUGCGGGAGGUGUCUCCCAGCGGCACCAAGCCGCGACCUGCACCACGCGGAGUCGAGGACCGCGCCCUUCGUGGCAUUCCGAGCGCAGCGGGCGCCGCGGUGCGGCAGACACCCUCUUGGUCGACACCCACAUCGACGAAGCCACGAGCUCGCCCUGGCCUACUCCACCAGUCCUUCACACCACCUGCUCGUGAUGUGAGGGCUGCAGGUUCGAGGGUGUCGAAUCGGGUGAAGGCACAGAAUCCAGUGGUGUGCUUCCUGUGCGACAUCGGCCUACCUCAGUACGUGGACGCCAUUUUGCGGAACGGUUUCGAUGAUAUCGAGACUCUGGCCGAGAUGAGAGAGGAGCACAUGAAGUCCAUGGGCUUCUUGCCUGGCCAUGCCUUGAAGCUCAAGAAGCGCUUGCGGGAGUUCAUUGGCGAGGAGGCACCCUCCACCGUGAAGACCGUCAGCGAGCCGAGUAACGAACCCUCAUUGAACAUCUCGGCGGAGAACGCGCUCUCAGUGCAGCAGAGCUGGGCGGAGGUGCGGAAGUUAGGGGUCUCAACUGUGGGCCAUACCUUUUACAAGCACAUGUUUCAAUUGGUUCCUGAAGCUCGAAAGUUAUUCCCGAUGACCUUCCGCAACCACUUUGCCGACGAUGGCCUUUUCCACGUGAGCCUGGAGAAGGCGAUUCAAUGCCCGCCGGCACCUGUCCUGGAACACUUCACCCGAGUCUUAGAAGCGAUCGGCUCGGCAGUGGCAGGCUUGCAGAACAAGGAGCGCAUGGUGCCGCAGCUUCUGGCUCUGGGUAUGAAGCAUGCAACCUUGGGCUUGGAAGAGAAGUACUUCCGCGUGGGCAACGCCGCGUUGAUGUUGACGCUCCACGAAGCCUUGGGCGAUCGCUUCACCGUGGUCCUGGAGGAGUCUUGGUCGUUGGUUUAUGGCUUUAUGUCCGCCAACAUGAUCGCGGGGUUCCGUGACUUCCGCUCCAAGGAGGCUCAGGUGGCGGACUUCCGCGCGGAGAUCCAACGGACCAUGAAGAAGAGUGAGAAGACGAAGUCCGACCCCGAGAAGCUGCGGAGCCUGGCUGAGAAGAUCUCUGGGCAGCUGAAGGCCGACAAGGCCUCUACAAAGGGUGAUGCGGAUCUGCCAAACUUGUUGACCGCCACACCCACGCCGUCGUUGCCGGAGAAGGUGAAGGAGACCCUUCUGGUGGAGCCACUGGAAGAGGAAGGAGACUAGGCCGAGAAAAGCUCAGUGGAACACUCAGUAGUGGAGAAUUGGAUGGUGGAGCCAUGACCAGUGUGAGGUCAUUGGAUGAUAUGACCAGCUCUUUCUUGCAAAACCUCGAGCAGAUGGCCUCACAUCUUGUGACUGGUGAUGUGCAACAUAUCCAAUGUUGAGGUUUGACCAAUGUUGAACACACGAAUCGACGUUGUGUCUUGGGUAUGGUCCUGAUGGUCAAUCACACGUCUAUUCCACUGAGUAUCCAUGUUGUAUUGAAAACAUCUGGACAAGACUACAGCACUUAUUCACCAAGCUUGUCAGCAGGUUAUCCACCCCUGGCCCUUCACAGAUGGUGUUUUGGGUGCCUAAUCUACAGCCACAUCAUCCUCCAGCGUCCAGGGCGGGGGAACAAGCAAAGAGAUACUCUUUAGGCACCAAGUGGCACAGACAUCCUUCCUUUGCAAGCAAUGCAAGAGGGUGUUGUUUUCCUUUUUUUCUCAUCAGCAACCGGCAGCGUACCCAUGAUUUACCUCCAAUAUCCUCUAAUUGAACUAUCGAAUCAUUCCCAGACCAUCCAUGUAUGUACUAAUUGUAGAUAGCAACUAUUCCUGGAACACAUCCACUUGAGUGUGGAACGGUGCCCACCACCACUGCUUUUUGGCAUACGCACAGCAUGAACGUCGCGGGCUGUGGCGCCAGGUAACUUUCAAGACCUUCCUUCGAUGGCAGGGUUUCAGUUUAAAAAGCAGCUGCAGGUCGGCCAGGUGAUUGGCAGAGUGGAUACAAAAUGACAUCUCCAUGGACAA